AGUCUCUUUAACUUCAUAUACAAAAUAAUUCCUACAAAAUUCUCGAAAUUACUAUGAAUAUAUAAAAUUAAAUGGAGAAUGAAAAGAAAGACCAGUCGGCUGAGAAAUGUCCUUUGCAGAUAAUUCAGCACAAUGACGCUACGUUUGUUGGUUGCGAUUCAAGCAACCGUGAUUUGGAGAAGUGCCGCAGCUGCCUCACUCCCUUCUGCCGUAAACCCAUUAAGAUUUACCAUAAUUCCCGGAAUUAUCUGGCCUGCGAGGUCCAGAGAUCACAGUCUACAAAUUCCAUUAGGUCACUGCCAGUCAAAUUUCCAUCAACACCAAAAAGAUCACUUAACACAGAAAAGGAUAAUGAGUCCCUGUGGUUCCAUGGUAAAAGAUGUUUACAAUGCGCAGCUCCCAAGUGCAAAGCAUACUCCAGAAGUUCCAUUCAGUCUAAAAAGAUGAAAAAAGAUAAGAAUUCUGUGUUAAAGGAAUUUGAAAUAUACAAAAUGCCGAACUUCCGACGCAAGCCCAUACAACAAGCUAUACUAAGGGAAACCAAUAAGUACCGGAGGCUCCACAACGCCAAUCCCCUCAAAAUGGAUGAAAAACUUUGUUCCUAUGCACAGGAUUGGGCAGAUCAUUUGGCUGAUCAGAAUAAACUGGAAACGCGACCUAAUCCUCAUUACGGCGAGAAUAUAAUGUGUGUCCGGAGAUCCAAAUUCUCCGUGGAUCAAAUACUAAAACUCUGGUACCAAGAAAAGUACAACUACAAUUACUUAAAGCCAGGCUUUAAUUUGUACACUGGGCAUUUUACCCAGUUGGUUUGGAAGGAGUCGGAGUUCCUGGGAGUGGGCGUGGCAUGCGAUGUUUCUUCCAUUUGGAUUGUGUGCAAUUACAACCCGCCUGGAAAUGUAAGCGAUCAUUUCAGGGAAAAUGUCCUGCCUAGAAAAUUCCUUCUACUUAAAUCGGACUUGGAUGCCGAGGAAACUAAAAAAUCAAAACAUCACAAUCUAAAAUAG